AUGUUUUCAGCAGAAAACAGCGGACUCUUCAGGUCUUUGGUGGCGACCAUGGAGUUUCGGAGACCCAAUCUGGUCGCAGGAGAAGCGAAUGCCUACAUGUCGAGGAGAAUAGCAUACCCACCCAUCAACAAAGAAGAUCCCGAUCGAUGCAAGUGGAGAACCUCCAACAUUGCCCAGGCCAAUGCGCAGAGAGAAAAACUUCAAGACUUGCGAGAAUGCAAAAUGGCAGGCACAAACGCCAAUGACAAGGACAUCGCAGGAGCUUUGAUGACCAAGGGAGACUUUACCAAAGUGACCUUCAAGAAUGGCAUCAUGACCAAGGUGGUCGCCCAAGACAGCAACUUUGAGGGUGCCGACUUCACCAAUGCCGUUGCGGACAGGGUUGAGUUCAAGAACUCGAACUUCAAGGGUGCCAUCUUCAAAAAUGCGCUCCUGACCUCGUCCGACUUUGAGGGUGUGAACGUUGAGAACGCAGAUUUUACCGAUGCGUUUUUGGAUAUCCAGAGCGUGAAGAUUCUUUGCAGCAACCCGACCAUGAAAGGCAAGAAUCCUGUCACUGGCGCAGACACCUACCUCAGCGCGGGGUGUGAUAUUGCAGAUGCUGGAUCCUACACCAGCCGAUGA